AUGGUUCAAGCGGGUGCAAAAGGCUCUACAAAAUCCCAAAUCAAUUCGCUUAUCUCUAAAGGAGCGUCAGACAAUGACAUCGAGGAGCAUUAUUCGAAGCUUUCAAGUCAGAUUAUGAACGCAAGCAAUGGGGUGAAGAGCCGAAUAGCUAAUGGAUUUUUCCUAAACAAGCAGUUCCAAGUUGAAAAGGACUAUGAGCAAACUGUCGUAAAAAAGUACGGCGCUAAAGUAGAGGCUCUGGACUUCGGCCAAGCAAAGGAGGCCGCUAAGAUUAUUGACGGCUUCAUUAGCAAAACAACGGAAGGAAAAAUUCACGACAUGAUAAAUGAAGGAACUGUUCAAGGUGCUUCCUCACUCAUUGUCAAUGCCAUCUACUUUACGGCUGACUGGAUCUCCAAGUUCGACAAAGGCUCUAAUUCAAAGGAAAAAUUCUACAGCGCAGCAGGAGGCGAAAGAGAGAUUGAUUUCAUGCAUGAUUUCGAAGUGCAUCGACUCUAUGCUGACGACGAUGACCUCCAGGUGCUUUCACUUCAAUAUGCCGAUGAAUCGUUUGCAUUCAACAUUUUCCUGCCGAAAACGAGACUUGGUCUCAACGAUCUUCGACCAAAGUUGACCGGAGAAAGGAUUCAAAAGCUGCUUUCGGGACUGAAACGAACAUAUAUCUCGUUGAAAUACCGGAAGAUGAAAAUUGAGACGGAUUUCAAACUGAAAGAUGCGUUGAUAGCAAUGGGAGUGACGGACAUGUUCUCUGACCACGCCGAUUUGACUGGAAUAUCCAAGGAGCCUCCGCUUAAAAUCUCAGACGCUGCUCAUAAAGCCAUCAUUGAGGUAGAUGAGGAUGGAACAACCGCAGGCAGCUGCCUCAUACGUCAAAGUGGUACCAAUGUCGAUGAUUAUGGAUAA